AUGGCGUAUCCUCAAGGCUUUCUCUUCCAACCGUCGGUUUCUCUGGCUCUCCAUUCCUGUCCCCCGUUCAGUUCCAGUGUGAUUUUAGGAAGACCGAGGACAGAUGAAAUGGGCCGGCCGUCUUCAGGGUCAGCCUUCGCGCCGUACGCGGGAUCACCGGCGUUCAAUGGCUCAUCGCCAGGCUUCAACUCUUACCUUCAGUACAGCGGAGAGCAGAGGGCGGCAAUGAACUCGUUUGUGGGUUCCGCGUAUGAUCCUUCAGCCGGCAUCACUGGCUCUUUAGAAUAUCACCCGUUUGGUGGUGCAUUGGGCCCCUAUCCAUAUGGCGACCCUGCAUACAGGAAAAAUGCAACACGGGAUGCGACUUCCACUCUCAAAGCGUGGCUCAAUGAACAUCGCAAAAACCCUUACCCCACCAAGGGCGAGAAGAUCAUGCUGGCAAUCAUCACCAAGAUGACCCUUACCCAAGUGUCCACCUGGUUCGCUAACGCCAGAAGACGUUUGAAGAAAGAGAACAAAAUGACGUGGAACCCGAGGAAUAGAAGUGAGGAUGAGGAAGAGGAUGACAACAUUGACCUGGAGAAGAAUGACGACGACGACGAGCCACUCAAGCCCACAGCAGAAAUUGGGUCGAAAAAUGAAGCAGAUGGACAUCAUCCAUAUCCAGUGGGAAUCUCCCGUGAGAAAGAGGACAAUAGCAGCAAUGAUAUGGAACCUGUCUUAACUGAUCCGGAUUUAAAGGACCAUGGGGACAGGAGAGUGCCCGAGAUGCUGGGUCCCACUACCACAGCAUCUCCUCAAAACGUGCACCUUGGAGCGGAGAGGGAUUCAGACUCAGCGGACACGGCAAGUCCACCUGCACCGAGGCGUAAUGACACAGGCAACUCCAGCAAUGCCACGUCAGUGAUUGACUCGCCCCUUCCAGCCCCAAAACCUAAACUGUGGUCGCUGGCGGAGAUUGCAACUUCUUCCGACAAAUGUAAAGGAUGUAGCGAUGGUGCCCAGAACGUGCCCCGACAAUUGCGCACAGAGAUUCCGGCCCGUGUGUCAUCUCCACCGCGAGCCGCUCUUCAGAAUCAUUUCCCUCACAGCGCAGCCCUUUCAAGACAUGUCUAUUAUACAUCUCCCUUUUUCCAGGGUUACUCAAACUAUCAUGGCGCUUUUGGACAGCUGCACAGCCCCGGAUCCAACGUGGGGUCAGCGACACAUUUAAAUGGAUUACAUCAAACUAUGUUACACAGAGCCGAGGCUCUGGCAAGAGACAGCCAAGCCAGGAGCCAAACACAGAUAGAUCUUUGUAAAGACUUGAGAUAUGAACUUAAGAAAGGUAUGACACAUGUUUAG